AUGGAGCCACUAUGUGAGUUGUGCGGUGUAAUGAGAGGAGUGGUAUAUUGUAGAUCAGAUGCAGCCAGGCUAUGCCUGCAGUGUGAUUCUUGUGUCCACUCUGCGAAUUCCCUGUCGCGUAGGCAUGACCGAUCCUUGAUCUGUGACAAGUGCAAUUCACAGCCUGCUACUGUCAGAUGCUUGGAAGAUAAGAUAUCUUUGUGUCAAGGUUGUAAUUGGAAUGGAAAUGGUUGUUCAGGACCAGGCCAUCAUCGACAAAAACUGACUUUUUAUAGUGGAUGUCCAUCUCUGGCUGAAUUGUCAAGAAUAUGGUCUUCAAUUCUUGAUGCGCCUGUUCCAAGCAACUUUGAUAGCUCUUACAGCACAUUGAAUAUGAACGAGAAUUGUAUGAGAUCCUGCUCUGAACCUAGAGGCGGUGAAGGAUCGGUUGGAAUGGUUGCUAACAGGUUGAAUGAACUAGCAUCCUGUGUCAAGUUUGAACCAUGGAUCACUCCUCCUCCUGUAAUUCCAGCCAAUCUAGACCACAUUGUGCCAUGCGGUAGAGAUCAGACACCUCUUUUCUCUGAAGGAUCAUCCCUACCUAAGUUGCCGCAGGGCUCUCCCAAUCUUAAGGAUCUAGGACUUCAAGAUGGUGAUGUUCUUUGUGAAGGUGUUGACGUUGAUGAUGUUGCAUUGAUAUUUGACAGUGGCUAUGAGAUUCCUGGCAACUCAGAAGUUCACUCCAGAUACAACAGUGAGGAUGGAGCAUUGAGCAGUCUUGUAAUGGAGAAAAACUUGUCGGUCUCUGAGUCUAACGGUCAUGUUGAGAAUACUUUCGAGGCAUCUUCAGCAGGACAAGCAGAGGGCAUCGGUUUUCAAUCCUCCAGAAUUGUUGGAUCAGCUUCUCUGAUGCAGACUAUGAAUGCCAGCCCUAAUUGCAUGCUUAUGAAUCCCAGCUGCAAUAGGAAUAUUGGCCUAGGAUUUCCAACAGGACAAGUUCCCUCAAGCAUAUCUUUGUCGUUAUCCAACGUUACUGGAGAAAGUAGUGCUGCUGAUUAUCAAGACUGUGGAUUAUCACCGGCAUUUCUCACUGGUGAAUCACCAUGGGAUUCUGGUCUGGAAACUAGUUGUCCACAGGCAAGGGAUAAAGCUAAGAUGAGAUACAACGAGAAAAAGAAAACUAGAACGUUUGGUAAGCAAAUACGAUAUGCUUCUCGCAAAGCUAGGGCGGAUACCAGAAAACGUGUCAAGGGAAGAUUUGUUAAGGCUGGUGAAGCUUAUGACUAUGAUCCACUUAGAACAAGGGAAUUCUGA